AUGGAUGGUCACACAAUGUGACAGUAGCGAUGGCUGGGCACGGGACGCAGCCGCUGCGCUUUGCGGGACCCCAUCUCCAGGUUCCACACGCGCCCUUAGACUAGCAUCGCUUUGCUCACCCUCGCGCUGUCUCUCUCUCUCUCUCUCUCUCUCUUGUUCGCUCUCUUUCUCUCGCGCACGCCUGGCCUCGAACCCCGCGGGAGAAAAGAAGAGAACGCAGAUCGCGACGCUUCCGGGAAAACGUUUUUGGCCGGCCGCUUUCAAAGGAGAUUGGUAUUGUAUUUCUUUUGAACCACUAGUUGAUGGAUUUAUCACUGACAAUACAACAACAUUUUAGCUAGAAAUCGUGUGAAGCAUGGGUGACUGGAGCUUUCUGGGGCGGCUGCUGGAGAACGCUCAAGAACACUCCACCGUGAUUGGCAAGGUGUGGCUGACAGUCCUCUUCAUCUUUCGUAUCCUGGUCCUGGGGGCGGCUGCGGAGGAAGUGUGGGGAGACGAGCAGUCAGACUUCACCUGCAACACGCAGCAGCCCGGUUGCGAGAACGUGUGCUACGACGAAGCCUUCCCCAUCUCGCACAUCCGCUUCUGGGUGCUGCAGAUUAUCUUCGUGUCCACGCCCACCUUGAUCUACCUGGGACACGUGCUGCACAUUGUCCGCAUGGAGGAGAAACACCGGGAGAAGGAGGAGGAGCAGCGGAAGGCCAGCCGGCACCAGGAGGAGAGAGACCCUCUGUACAGGAACGGAGGAGGAGGAGGCAAAAAGGAGAAGCCCCCCAUCAGAGACGAGCACGGUAAAAUCCGCAUCCGGGGGGCUCUCCUGCGCACGUACGUGUUCAACAUCAUCUUCAAGACGCUGUUCGAAGUGGGCUUCAUCCUGGGUCAGUACUUCCUGUAUGGCUUCCAGCUCAGCCCCCUGUAUAAGUGUGGUCGCUGGCCCUGCCCCAACACGGUUGACUGCUUCAUCUCACGCCCCACAGAGAAGACCAUCUUCAUCAUCUUCAUGCUGGUGGUAGCCUGCGUCUCCCUGCUACUCAACCUGCUGGAGAUAUACCACCUGGGAUGGAAGAAGGUAAAGCAGGGGGUCAGCAACGAGUUUGCGCCCGACAGAAUGGCGCUCCCCCUGGCCAGAGACGAGGCGGUGGAUUCCAACAUGAUCCAGGAGGGGAUCGCCCACCCGGCCCUCAACUGCCUGCCCACGUACGGUGGCGUGAACGUGGUGUACCUGCCCAACGAGCAGGCAAACGCCACGGACGCUUUAUCCGAGCAGCAGGCAGCGGCGGCGGAACUCAAAAUGGACCCUUUCCAUGAAGACUUCCUACUGGAGGCUCCUCCUACAUCCUUCUACAACAGUGAGGGCAGUGGCCAGCAGCAGUCCAUGGAGCAGAACUGGGCCAACAUGGCCAUGGAACUGCAGACCCUGGAUGCUGCCAAGUCCUCCUCCUACCCUCCUCUUCCCUCCUCCUUUUCUCCGCCACCCUCCUCCUCCUCCCCCACCUCCUCUGACCAGGAGCAGUCACCCCCUCCACCGGACACUGCCCCUCCUAUCCCCGACUCCCGCUCCUCCACCCUCCCGCUGGGGGAAUCGAGAAGGAGUGAGGAGCACCAGCAGCAGGAAGAAGAGGAAAUGGAGGUGGCGCUGCCACUGACGCACGUUGAUGAUGUCCCGGUGACCCGGGUGGAGAUGCACGAGCCACCCAUUUUCUUUGCGGCGGACGCCCGCAGGCUGAGCAGGGCCAGCAAGACCAGCAGUGUCCGAGCCCGGCCCGACGACCUUGCCGUGUAACACAUACACACACACACACACACACUCUCACACACCUUCACACAAUCACAUACCAACACAUGCAGACCCCUAUCCACCACCGCACCCCAACGCCUCUGGGUUCUAUACAUUAUAUAUCUUUGAGGCUCAGGUGUCAAAUGUUGUGUGAAAUACAGAGGCGAUGUGGGAGGGGGGGGGGGGGGCUCUGGAGUUGAGAUGCUCCUGACAUUACUCUCUACAGAAGUUGCGUUAUCUGGAGAUGCAUUCGGUGAGGUGAGGCAUAGCUUAGUGCUUCAACGUUAUGAGGUGCCAACACGUGUGUGGAGAGGGAACACACACAUUCACUGUUUGCAGCUCAGAUGCCAUGAAAGGAUUAGAGAUAUUGGACUAACUCGUUUGGGACAUUAGCAACAUUUCGGAUGAAUAUAAUUCUGCUGUUUUCUUUAUUCUUUGAUGGUAGACAUCAGAAGAGGGUUUGCGCUUUCGUUUAUUUUUUUCUCUCCCCCCUUUCUCUUUCUUUUCUUGUGAUGGACCCUUUAAGAUGAAGUCGAUAUGUCCUAUUGUCUCUUCCUAGUGUCCUGGUGUCUGUCUGUCUGCCUCGUAACUAGCCGUCUGUCUGUUCCAUGCUCACCCUUCCUAUUAAGCUGAAUGAAGAGAGGGACGCUCUGACAGUAUGGUGGAGUGGAGAGAGACGGGGAUAGGGUACCUGGGUGGCACUUUAUUCAAAAUGACUUGCUAUUUACUUACAAAUGACAUGUUAAUCACACAAUAAUACCUUGUGAAUUACUUGUAAAACAAGCACGACUAGGCACAUUUUGGUACCAGGUCGUUAACAAUGAAGUACCCUCUGAUAAUAUGUAAUGUACCAGUAAAUACCAGGUUAAUACCAGUGCAUAAGGUAACGUCCUACCGGUUACUGUCGUGUGUAGCCAUACUAGUGUGAAGCUUCAACCUAUGUUACCACCUCGAUCCCAACCUGAGGUUGGUCUUUAGGCUUCAUAGGCUUUGUGUGUGUGUGUUUCUGUCUGUGUGUGUGUGUGUUUCUGUACGUUUCUGUGUGUGUGUGUGUGUGUGUGUGUGUGUGUGUGUGUGUGUGUGUGUGUGUGUGUGUGUGUGUGUGUGUGUGUGUGUGUGUGUGUGUGUGUGUGUGUGUGUGUGUGUGUGUGUGUGUGUGUGUGUGUGUGUGUGUGUGUGUGUGUGUGUUUGUGUGUGUGUGCGCGCAAUAGAUAUAUUAUAGAGUCUUGUUUCAAUGUCUACAACAACAUUUAGGCAGUUACAUCCGGGUAAAUAAUAUAUAUAUGUAAGUAUAUUACAUAGUACAUACAGGGUAUAUUAUACAUAUAGAAUUAUGACUUCUAAAGAACCCAUACUGAUGCUUGUGUUUGCAGUGUGUUAAAGACGUGUGUGUCCUCAUCGUAAAGAAAUUCAGCAGAUUUAAGACUGUAGGCCCCCACUGGUAGUCAGUAUGGGAAGUUUCAGUAUAGUGCUUAGAGAGAGUAGGCAAUAGAAUUGCUAGAAGAUAGAUAGAUAAGGAGUAUUAUUUAAGGCAAUGACAUUUCAUUCUUUGUUACUGAGUCAUAAUAGCAAAAUCAAUAGGAAUGUGCAUUUGCGCAUCAUUUUCCUAAACUCCUGCCAGUUUUUUAAAUCAGAAAAUGGCUCUUAACAUGCAGUUGUAUUUCUUUUAAGCUUCCUGUUUUUUCUCUCUCCAAAUUAAUUAAUUUUAUUGUCAUCUAACAUUCAGGAAAAAAUCAUAGCUAUUGAACAAUGUUUUAGACAAAUCUCUUUUGCAUUUUGUACCUCUUUAUGUUUUGAACAACAGUAUAUUCUGUUACUGUGAAACUACAACUCACUACAACUGACUCCCUCAAGGACUUGACCUUUGACCUUGUUAUGAUGAAAUCAUAUGUUAUCAUUCAACCACCACCUGGGGUUAUUACCAUAAAGCAACAAGAAACAGGGGGCACUUCAAUUUUGCUAUUUAAAGUAAGAACAGAAAGUUGUGAUUCUUACAGUACAUUUCAACAAUGUAGAUAGGCUGUUUGUUCCCAUUUCUCUCUCUAUCUCCCCCUCCCUUACCCUCACACUCGUCCUUCCUUCCUUCCUUCCUUCCUUCCUUCCUUCCUUCCUUCCUUCCUUCCUUCCUUCCUUCCUUUCUUUUCUCUCUCUCUCUCUCUCUCUACACACACACACACAGACACACACACACACACACAAACUCUACAUUGGGGUAUAUCUUGGGAUAGAGGGUUUAGACCGAGACUGUGAAUGGGCUGUUGCUGUGCUCUGCUGUAUGAUGUGUUAAAAUGCUUAGAGAAUCGGGUCUGCUGUUAGUUGCGUUGCCACACACACAGAAUCCAAGUGCCUCACAAAUCGUUUACAUACCAUGCACAUACAGUAUGUUAAAAAAAGCCACCAGGUGAUGGGAUCGAGCUGUGACAUUGUAAUCCAAAAAAAAACACUGUCCACCAAAGAGAGAAAAUCUAAAAUGGCCACCAAUAGAACUCUGUUAAGAGUUGUUGAAAACAGGUUACGUUACUGUUAACUCAUAAUUUCUGUUUAUAACCUUGUCAUUUCGGUUGUUUAAAGUUGACACUUUAGCAUGUAGAUAAUGAUCUGGACAGUUAAGACAGAAUGGUGUUCUAAGAUCAAAUAACAAAGGACAUCUCAAAAAGAGGAUGUCUCAAUAUUUUAGAAAGUAUUUAUUUUUAUGAGAGAAUUACCAGAUUACCAAUUACAAAAAAAUAGAUUUAAAAAAAAAUAUUGCUACUUUGUUGAUUGUUUUGUCCAAAAAAUACAGGAGAGGUGUUUGGCUAGGUUAAAGUUAUACUCCAUUGUUGUGUCAGCCCCCCCCCCCACCACAUCGGAAAACUGACAUUUUGUUGGACUUUUGGAAUCUCUGGCGUGGAGUGAGAUUUCAUUGGCCAGUGAGGCAGGGAAGGAGAUUUAGACAUGCUCAGACCAGAUACCCCAUUGUGAAAUCACUGUCUAUGAAGAGAAGUGCCUUACGUCUGAACUUUUGUAAGAACAUGUUGAUGUAAAUGUUCAUUUACCUCAAAUGUUUACAAAACUGUUACUGAAUAAACUUUUUGUACCAUA